GCGCCUGGGACCCUGAUCUCCAGACUGAUGGCGCUGCUCCGCUGCCUACUCCUGGCUUUCCUUUGGAUGUGCAUGACCGGGAGGCCGAGUGUGGGACUAAAUGUCUCUCAGCCUAGAUGUCUGGGAGUUUCAAACAUGAACGAAUUUGCUCUGGAAUGUGAGCAUUCCACGAAUGUGAGCUCCGACGAUGUUGCUGAACUGGCGUUAACAAUUCUUAAAGGCUUGAACAAAUCUGAAGUUUGCCGUGGUGUAAUAUCUUCAACCGAACUAUAUAUAACCUCCUAUGGGCAACUUAAUUGUCAGUUUCAACAAAUACCAAAUAAAAUCUCCGUCAUCAUAUCUGGACUGCACUCUUCGAUGAUUGAUAUUUAUUUCUGCAAGAUUGAGUUGUUAUACCCGCCACCUCUUGAAUCCAGUGAGGGAAGUGGGACCAUCAUCUAUCCGAGUUCAAAGGACAUGAAAUGUUCUCGGUUUUCAUUCUUACUGAUCAUGGGAAUUUUAACCCCAGUGCUUAUAUUGUGCAUGAUCAACAUAAUCUUUCUGACCACUAAAAGCAAAAUGAAGACUGCCAAUGUGAAUCCUGUGUAUGAGCAUAUGGCGCCCACCAGAGGGAGGUAGGCAGCACAGAGUGGAUAUCAGAACAACCAAGAAUCUUUUGUGCAGCUACUGAAUAAAGCAAUAGCGAUGAAUAGGAGAAAUAUGUGCGUGCUGUUACAUUUCACCAAGAUGAAGCUUUGAUAUGUUAAGAUAUGGGCUGCAGUCUACCCAUCAUAGUUUAAACAGAAUCAAGCAAGAAAUGAAAUAAGAUGUAAAUAAUUUUCAACUAUAUUAUUUUAGUUCAGAAUUCAGAAAAUAGGAUGACACCGACAAAAUGAUGAUGAAAGCUAAUGAAGAAGCAGUAUAACGCUAUACAUUCCCUGCCAUUUCAGUACAACUUGCAGUUCAGAAAUUACCACCCUUGACCAAUCUGGAAUUUGCCCAACCUAAUUCCCACUCUGAAUUUAUCUAUAAAUCCUUCCCAUGAUUUGGUGCCUUCAGGGAUUGACUGGGGGACUAUGAGAUAUAUCACGGAAGAGCUAGCACUUCACUACAGGCUGAUCUUUGUGUGAGUGAUGCUGUAUGUACACAGCAGAGUGUGGAGGCACGUAAACAGUUCACCAAGAUUACCAAGCUAUAGACUACAAUCCAUGCCAUGGGGCUGCUAUUGCUCAGGAUACAAAUGCUGCUUUGUUUAGGUGGCAGGGGACGUGGUGGGGGGGGGGGGGGGGUUAAUAGCAAGAGGAGGCUUUUAUAUUACUUAUAUAUCUAUUGCAUAACAUGGGCUGUUUGUUAAGGGUGACUAUGCUUAAUGUCCUUCUAUGUGUAUUUAAAGGUCACACUCCAUGAUUUGUACAGAGGACAGUUUUGUGAUUGUAAGUAAUGAUGCUGCCUGACCUUCAAAUGUUCCCAGCAUUAUGUUUUUACUUGUAUUUAUAAAGUCUUCUG